AUGAGCACGUGAAAAACAUGACAGCGGAUUUAUUCUUCAGCAAACAUUGAAUCUCACACACUUUUCUGUAGUACAGGAACUUUACAGCGGCAGUACAGACAACACAGCUCGUGUUUACAGCUCAAAACAGCAGCGACUGAGACAUUUAUUGAUUUAGUAAAUAUAUGAAUACAUUCAUGGAUAAUUCUGAAGAAGAUUCGCUUCAGUUGCAUGAGGAUGAAGAAAUAAUCGAGGUAAUUGAUCUGAAUGACACAGAACAGACCGCAGAUGAUCUUGCUGAUGAAUUGGAGGAUGUGGAUGUUGCUGAAGAUGAAGGUUGGGAGACUGAAGAUGAGAUGGAAUCAGAACAAGACGACAGUGAACUGACUUUCUCCAAACACAGCGGUUCAGUGUUUUGUGUUCGUCUGGAUCCAGUGACUAACAGUCUUGCAGUAACUGGAGGAGAAGAUGACCGAGCGUUUGUGUGGAGCGUGAGUGAUGGUGACCUGCUGUUUGAAUGCACCGGUCAUAAAGAUUCAGUCACGUGUGUUGAGUUCAGCUGCGACUCAAAGCUGGUGGCAUCUGGAGAUAUGAGCGGACUCAUUAAAGUCUGGAAGGUGGAAAACAAGACGGAAAUCUGGUCGAUGGAAGUCGGAGACCUGGAAUGGUUGGAGUGGCACCCGUGCGCUCCGGUCUUACUGGCCGGUACAGCCGAUGGAAAUCUGUGGAUGUGGAAGAUUCCAAGCGGAGCCUGUAAGACAUUUCAAGGACCCAACUGUCAGGCGACCAGCGGAAAGAUUCUCCCUGAUGGAAAGAAAGCGAUUGUAGGCUAUGAAGAUGGAAGUUUACGUGUGUGGGACCUUAAACAAGGAAAUGCCAUUCAUGUCAUCAAAGGUCGUGAUGGUCAUCAGGGCGCACUCACAUCGAUGGCCUGUAAUAAAGACGGAUCGCUGGUUCUGACCGGGUCAGUGGAUGGUCAAGCUAAACUCAUCAACUGCUCCACAGGGAAGGUUUUAUGCUCAUUUUCCACUGAAAACAGUGAAGUCAAAGACUCUAUGGAGGAGCAGAAUCCCAACUCAGUAGAAUCUGUGGGCUUUUGCAAUGUGUUGCCUCUGAUUGCUGUGGCGUAUCUGGACGGCACUUUGGACAUUUAUGACAUGAACUCCCAGAGCAUCAGACACCGCUGUAAACAUGAGGUUGGUAUUGUGCACCUGCAGUGGGAGGAGGCGUCUGCAGUCGUCAGCACCUGUAAUCUCGCUGGGGUCGUCACUCUGUGGGACGCUCGAUCGGGUCACAUGAUGUCAGAAUACCGCGGUCAUGGUGCUGAGAUUCUGGACUUUGUACUCAACAGAGACGCAUCAGUCGCCGUGACCGCUGGAGGGGAUCAUAAAGCCAAAGUGUUCUGUCUGCAGAGACCCGACCGAUAGAGACACCUGCUUCUCCUGCGGCCUGAAACCAUUUGAAAACUUUUCCAAUCUUUGAUGCUUUUAACAUCAAUGACUGUGUGACUCUUGACAAACGUAUCAUUGUUUUAUCUUCAUUAAGCUACAUGUAGGUAGAAUUGGGACGCUUAUGAUAUAUAUUCUAUUUUAAAACACAUUGUUCAAAUGAUUAGUCGUUUUUCUUUACAGUAAACACUGGAUUUAUUCAUAUGUUCAGUGUCCAGACUGUUGAACUGACCAGACAGAUUAAAGAUCUUCUGUUGUUGAAGAACCGUUUGCUUUGUGUGUUUGUGUUGUCUUGUGUUUGUUUGCUGCUGCCAGUUUCAUUUUUCUCUUCAGUAAAUCAUCAGCGGUGACACACAAUCGGCAGAAUACACUUGACUGACAAGACCAUUGUAUGAUGUCAUGCUUUUGAUGGUCAUAAAUUCUGUUGUAGAUCAAUGUCAUGUUGAAACUCUUCGUCUCUUUCACUAAUAAUUGUGUAAAAGUGUUCUUAUGUAUGCAUGCAAAAUGUAAUCAAAAUGAGUCUUAGGUCACAGUCCGCCAUUUUUGGAAAGUUUUGUGUUUUUUUUAUUAAAGU